CAAACCCGAUUUAUGCAAUUUGCCCGAAGCUUUGAAUACAUUUCGCAGUAAUGGCCUUCCGAUUCGCGGUAACGCUGUAAAUUAAACAUAAUUUGCCCUGAGCUAUUUCAAAUACAUUUGAUCGGAAUGAUCGUUUGAAUUCACAGCGGCUAUAAUAUAGAAAAUCCAUGCUCUUCGUAAUCGAAAUAAUAUUAUUAUGCCUCAGAUAACUGUUCUGUUGUCUAUACAAUUAAUUUAAGCUUUGUAUUAUAAAUAGAAUAAAUCGAUCGACGAUGGCGCAAGUAGAUCACAGAAACGCAGAUUCAAAGCGCUUGUCUGCGCAAACUGAAUUUUGGCAGAAAUUAUAGUCAAUGCUUCACCUGACGUCGCGGGCAUGACUCGUGAGGGAUCGUUCGAAUCGAAAAGAGAAAGGGAGAUGAAAGGGUGGUGCUCAGUUUUGUGUUGACGAUAGAAGUAUACCUGAUGCUGUUGAACACAUUGAGUUGCAAAUGGUUGCCGCGUAGGGUGCUGGAUAAUUUGCUGUGCGAACUUAGGAUAGACAGUUUUCAUGGUAAUUAUGCAGAGGUGGAGAUUACUGGAUUGAAAGUCGAGCGAGCAAUGAAUCUCGACGGUCUAAACCAGGUACUAUUGCUGAAGUUUGACGAGUUAAAGAAGCAAUGGGAUUCGAAGGACAUUGUCGAUUCGGUCAUUGUAGCUUUAACCGCCACAGAAAAAGCUGAUAUCAAAAAAGAGAUAGAUAACGACAUUCGCGACUUAGAAACAAGGUAUGGCCUUUCUGAAGGUGCAGCCGAAGAAGUCUUGGCAUUUUCUGGUUGGGAUCUUUCAUCUGCAGAGACAACCAUUGAGCGAGCUAUUCAAGUCAUCGUGCUGGCACAUAGGAUCCAAAUAAAGGAAGGUAUCAAUGAAGACAGUUCCGCAAAUGGUAGUCACUCAAAUAGCAAUGGAACUAUUACUGACCCCGAUUUCGCCCCGUUGCAGCUCGCCAGAGCCACUCCGGAUCGCAAGCGAAGAUUUCAGUGCGAACACUGCCAAAAAACAUUCCCUUAUCGAUCCCGACUGGUUGCCCAUGUCGUCACGCACACGGGAGAGAAAUCCUUCGAAUGCAGCCACUGCUCAAGUCGAUUUGGCCGAGAGGAUCUUUUAAUCAUUCACGAACGUUUCCACUUGAACGACAAGCCAUAUCGAUGUAAAAUACGAGGUUGUAAUGCGCGAUUCACCGCAUCAAAGUACCUGACAAUGCAUAGCCGAACCCAUGACGACAAUCGCCUCUACAAGUGCAAAGUAUGCUCAAGCACUUUUCGGACUUCAGCUCACCUUCGCUGCCAUAUGCAGUAUCAUGGCGGUGAUGAAGGACGGACUCGCUGUAAAGUCUGCGAUCAGCAGAUGUUUAUUAGCAGUCUUCGACGGCAUAUGUUUUUACACGGAAAAGAUGGCUUAACACGCGACAGACCGCUGGAGUGCGAAAUCUGCGGAGCGAAAAUGCGCGACACGUUCCAGCUACAAGUUCACUCCCGAAUACAUACUGGGGUACGACCUUUCGCUUGUGAACAUUGUGACCGAUUCUUCGGGUCGACCAACACUUUACAGAAACACCGGCGCACUCAUACACUGGAGAAGCCUUUCACGUGCGCCACGUGCGGAUCAGCAUUCGCUCGGAAGGAUACCUUAUCAGUACAUGAACGAUCACAUCGAGGGGAGCGACCGUUCUCAUGCAAAGAAUGCCCAAGAAAAUUCACACAAAGAGCGCAUCUGUUUCGGCAUGUGAAAAGUUUGCACAGCGACAAAGUGGUCAAGGUUCAGGCAUCGGCACGACGUCGGGAUGAAAACAUUGCUGCAAAGCCAAUAUCUACAUGCUGACGUUUGUUAGUUACUUCAACGACAGCCUUCGACACUGCCUUACGCUGGACCAGCAAGAUUACUCGUGUCAAAUAUAAAAUUAUUAUGUCUAAUAAUAUUAUUUACUAUCGGAUAAUAUUAUAAGAAAUAUAUGUUAAGCCAUAGAUGAGUUGUGAUCUUUGCUUGAUGCCAACUGUUUAUUUCGCAAAUCUCAAUCUUCGGCUCGUUUAGAAAGGAAGAACUUUUGUAGUCGAUUGCUCACGUUAACGGUGUACUUCCUGCACACUUAUAAACAAUGAGUCCGUUCGAAUUGAUAUAAAUGAUCGAAACGAACAAAAUAGGUAUUGAAAUGAAAAACUAGUCGUUAAUAUCUAUAUUAAUUGCUGUUUCUCAGCUGUCCCAUCUCCUACAGGGCUUCGGACUGUUAUUUUCAGCAUUCUUAUACUUUCCUAUUGCUAUUUUUACUAAACGGUCUUGGCCUACCUAAGGCCAAAUUUAAACCUUGAGAUACCUAUUUAGGUGACUUUAAAGUACGGAAGGAGAUAGAAAAGAUAAACCUCUUGGCGAAGCCAACUCUUAUAGAUACGAAACGUUAGUGGCUAUUAUAAGUAAUACAGAAAGGUGAAUCAUUCAAUUAAUGGUAUUUUAUACGAAGAAAUCUGAUCCAAAUACUGCAUUUGUAUAGCCUCCGCGUAUAUCUAGGUAUAUAGCUAAACCCAAACUAGAGACUACCUUUUUUAAUGACAACAUUUUGAAUAUCUGGAUAGUAGUAUUAGUAAGGUAUAGAGAACCAUGAGCACAAUCCAAUGAAUAAACUUCACAGUGAUGACUUGACCAGUCCAUUUAGCUGUAAACUUAACCAUUAGAACUUAGAACAACUCCUUAGUGAAUUAUUAUUUUGUUCCAUAUAGGCAACUCCUAAAAAUGCUUUUUUAGUAGGACAGGGCGCGAUAAAUAGCUGUUGUGCCAUAUAAAUGCUCUUCAUUUAAGUUCUUGUCUACUAACAAAUACUGUUGACGAGUUGUGGUACUGAAUUACCAUAGCAGAUAAGACUAUCUCUCCUGAACGAAGCAUUUUGUUGAAAGACUGUUCCCGUGAACAAGGAGAAAAACAACUGCAAAUUAUCAAGUUGAAGAAUUUUCAAAUUUAGUGAGAGAAACUUACGCGCCCUG